UAUAUAUAAUCUUGAUCUCCUCUGUUUUGUUUAACAAUCAUAAUUACAAAAGGAACAAAAUGGCAAGAAUCAUACUUACAAUUACUACUACUCUGUUUUACUUGUUCUUCUUUUCUUUGUUAUCUCACCAAACCAUGUCCCAACCUCAACAUAUGCACACUGUAUGCAAUCCUUCCGACAACUUCACACAAACCAGUUCUUACGAAUCAAACCGCGCAACCCUAUUCUCCACUCUCCGCGUAUCUUCCUCUUCCGGAACUUAUUAUUCCGAUGCGACGAUUGGUCUUAGCCCCGACACGGUCUAUGGCAUGUUCCUAUGCAGAGGAGACAUCAACACAUCAUCUUGCUCAGACUGUGUCCAAGCCGCAACAAUCCAGAUCGCUACAAACUGUACUCUUAACAAAAGAGCGGUCAUAUACUACCAAGAGUGUAUGGUUCGAUACUCCAACGUCUCCUUCUUCUCUGAAUUAGAAGUCAGACCAAGCAUCGUUCUUUACUCUCUUCGUUCUGCUCCAAACUCAAACCGGUUUAACCAAACACUAUCCGAUAAAUUCGACCAACUGAUUCGCAACGUAUCUCCAUCCUCUUUGAUUCCGUAUUUAGUAGAGGAUCAAGAACGUGUGACUCAGUCAGAAGGUUCAUAUGAUUUAGUGUCAAUGAUUCAGUGUAGUCCUGAUCUUGAUCUAUCAAACUGUACCGUUUGCCUCCUGUUUGCGUUCUCAAGAGUUUCAACUUGUUGCGGCUUACCAAGUGCUGCUCUCAUCUUUACUCCUAAAUGUCUUUUGAGGUAUAGAACCUUUGUGUUGCCAUCACCACCGCCAACUCCGUCGCUGUUGCCUCCUUUAUCUCCAUCGUCUCCGCCUCCUCUACCUCUGCCGCCUCAAUCACCACCACCAUCUCCUACGCAACCGCCGCCACCACUGAACACUUGAAUUUUCUACAAAAACGCUAUUUGGGAGAUUGCUUUUACAAUGGCAGUUUUUUAGGUGUUUGCACUUGUGUAGAUUUGUGAUCAUAAAUAAUGAUGUCUAAUUAAAAAAUUUGCAUUUAAUAUUG